AUGGAGAUCGAGAACAAGGCGCCCAACGUGGAUAUCACCGAGCGACAGUGGCCAUUAGCAAGCUCCAGCAUAGCGCUAGACGGACCAUCGGCAAACCCCGACAUCCCUCACGAUGAAGAAGCUCCUUUAUCGGCCUUCUCUAUCGUCGAGCCUCCAGCAGAUCUGACCGUCAUUACCACCACCGCCAGCACAGCGGCGAACCCGCAUCUGCACCCCAACCUAGGCGACGUAUUCCCAGACGGCGGAACGCGCUCAUGGCUAGUGAUCCUCGGGUCGUUCUGCCUGCUAAUGGCAUCAUACGGAUUAAUGAAUUCCGUCGGCGUGCUGCAGAACUACUUCGCCUCGCACCAGCUGUCCUCCUACUCUGCUAGUGCAGUCGGAUGGAUCCCCGGCAUUUUCACGUUCUUCGGGCUGGGACUCGGGGUGCAGGUGGGCCCGAUGUUCGAUCGAUACGGGCCCACGGGGAUUCUCAUUGCCGGCACAACAUGCUAUGUUGCGGGACUGCUGCUUCUGGCGGAAUGCCGUCUGUACUGGCACUUCGUUUUAACGCUGGGGAUUCUCAGCGGGACGGGCGCGGCGCUGCUCAGCACGGCGGCUCUGGCGACGGUGCCUCAGUGGUUUGAGCGGCGGGUUGGUCUGGCGAUGGGGGUUGCGAUGGCGGGCUCUGGGUUAGGUGGCGUGACGUUUCCGCUGAUGCUGCGGGCGGCGAUUGCCCGGGUUGGGUAUCAAUGGGCAAUCCGGCUGCUAGCCCUGCUGGUUUUGGUGAUGUGUGCGCUGGGGAUCGCACUGGUCAAAACUCGGUUGCCCAAAGGCAGGAGUAAAUCCACCAUUAACCUGCGUUAUUUUCAAGAUAGCAGGUUUACAUGGUUGACUUUGGGGAUAUUUAGUCUCGAGCUUGAAGUCUUCGCCGGGCUGGGUCUGUACCCAACCUAUGUCGUGAUGCAGGGGUUCAGCACGAGCACCAGUGUCAUCCUACUGUCCAUAUUGAACGUAGCCUCGACCAUGGGCCGAUUGAUCGCCGGCGCUGUGGGCGAUCGAUAUGGACGAAUCAACACCCAGACGGGACUAAUCGCACUGGGCGCAAUGGCCAUUUUCACCAUCUGGCUACCCUUCGGAAACACACUGCCGGGAUUGUACACGUUCAGCGUGCUCUUCGGCCUAGCCUCAGGUUCCUUCCUCAGCCUGGCACCCGCGUGUAUCGGGCAGAUUUCCAAGGCCAGCGAGGCAGGCGGCCGAUUUGGAAUUUGCUAUUCGAUUGUCAGCCUGGCAACCCUAAUCUGUGUCCCCAUCGGCGGAGAGAUGCUUGAGAAAGUCGGCAAGCGAGCCAUGGUGGCUUACCUGGGUAGCGUGUUGAUCCUGGCGCUGGGCAUGUUUGUGAUGGCGCGAUGGGCUUGUCUGAGCUAUCGGUGGCGGUGGCAGGCGAAGAUCUAA